AUGGCAGCCCGGCCGACGUCGUCGCACGCGCGGCAGCCUGGGCAGGACAGCAGGAAGGCGCCGAACAAGGGCGAUGCAGCGCCGAUCAACUUAGCAGAGGAUCACUCGCUGCUCACCAAGAGGUCCAGAGCCGACACCUUCAUCUCUAAGAUGAAGUUCAGGAACGACCUUCCUGAGCUACCCUUCGAGCCCAAGUUCCUGGCGAGCCAGAUGGAUGUAAAGAAGCUGACUUCGUACUCGUUCACGUCCCUGGAGAAGAACUUCAAGUACAGCCUGCUCACGGAGCCGAACCUGGGGAUACACAUCGAUCUUAUCGAACCGGAAACUUACGAGCCGCCGUCAAACGGCGCCCCGCUGCUUCCAGAGGAUAAAUAUCUUCUUGAAGGGGAGAAGGUCGAAACAAACAGGUCCAACCUUCGCAUCAAUAUCAAGGAGAGGCCUAAUGUGCCUUGGCUGCACAAGACUGCGUACUAUGGCAAUGAGGAUUUGUAUGACUAUCAGCAAGGUCACAAACCCCAAGUUCAACUGCCUGUUCCCAUCCAAGAGGACGUUCAGGAGCUCACGCCGAAGCAGCUGGCAGAGAAGAUCGAGAAAUCCUUCGAACUGUCCCGAAAGCUCGAAGACCUCAAACAUCCAACAAACCCGGAUCUCGUGGCCACCAAGGUUUGGGAGAUCCUACCGGAUACCAAGUGCUGGCCCAACGAUUAUACCGAGCUUGUUUUCGACCAAGAUCCUACCUUGGACGACCCGAAGGCAGCGAAUACUUCAAUGGCAGAUCGCGCAACUUUGGCAUCAACGGCCUUCAUCAACAUUGGGCGCUCGAUGCAGCAUGCGAAUGAUCGUACGUUUGCUUACAUGCUGCCUGCUCCUGAAAGCAAACGACGGAAGAAGAUGGCGAAGGUUGAGUGUGAACGGGGUGAUGAUGCCGAUGAUGAGAUGGAUGAAGAUGAGGACGAAAAAGUCACCGAGUUCAAUUGUCUUCGAGAGUAUUGCGAGAAUGAGGCACGAAUGUACCAGGAGGAGUGGCAUGAUGACCACUUCGUUGUGGCCUUCGUGGAGAAAACUGGGGAGAAUUCGGGAUGUGCAUUUUAUCAUCCGCUUCACAAUCGAACCUAUCUUAGAAAGCGCAAAGACAUUCUCACCCAUUCGGCAAUCAUGGAUCUCGACGGUCCAGACAGGAUUUCUCGCAGGUUGAAGGAGAGAUUCCCGUCGUACUUGAAAGCAGUUCAAACGCUUCGGAAGCUAUCUGAGGAGGAGCAGGAGGCCCUGAAACAGAAGCGAAUUGAUCUGGGACGGGAGAGCUUGGCAGAUGGAAAUCAAGAAGCGGAGAGGGAGAAGCGAGGGGAGAGCCAGCAGAAUGACGAUUCUCAAUCAACUCCGAGGAGAAACGAAAGCAUUAUGUCGUCGUCGUCCUCGGAUGAAUCACCGGCCCCGACCCCGACGGCAGCAUCGGGCAGCAAGGUGGGCAUCAUCGAAUCAUCGGACUCCGACUCUUAG